GUGCGAGAAAACAUCCAUCUGUUCGGUGGAGAUAAGGAUAAGAUAACGAUAUUCGGUGAGAGCGCCGGUAGUAUCUCAGUAUCGGCUCUUGUAUUAUCUCCACUGGCGAAAGGGCUGUUCGCGAGGGCUAUACUAGAGUCAGGCGCUCAGCUCCAGAACCGUAAGGAAAUUCAUACCAAAGCCCAGGCAUUAGCCGAGGCCAAGGAAAUGGGCAAACAUUUCAAGUGUACGGACGAUAAGACGUGGUUAGACUGUCUGCGAAAGGUCAACGCAAAUGAGAUCCACUCAUACACUCAGCUAAAUGUGGGUCCCCUCGUGGGCACCGCCUAUAUGCCACUCACGGCACAGGAGGCGUUCAAAGAGGGGAAGUAUAAUACAGAUGUGGAUCUGAUCGCUGGUGUAGUCCGUAAUGAGGGCUCACUUCUGGCGCCACAAAUCAAAGGCAAUAUCACUAAAGAGAUAUUCACUAAUGCCAUCAAAGGACGCAAUUUUGGUGACAUUAGUUUGGAUCAAGUGUUGGCCUUUUAUCUCAAAGAUAUCAAAAAGGAUGACUACGCGGCCUAUCGGUGGGCAUACUAUGACUUGAUUGGCGAUAUCGGUCUGAAGUGCAAUACAUACCUCUUCGCCAAACAAGUGGCCCAACACUCGACCACAAGGAAUGUCUACUUCUAUGAACUCACGUAUCAAAGUGGCGGUCAUUUGCAGGGAUGUGAUGAGAAGACAAUGGGUAUAUGUCAUGGAUCUGAUCUCGAGUUCGUGUUCUUCAGGACCGGUGCUAACCCUAAGCUCGACAUACCUUUCAGUAAGGAAUGGAUGAGCUAUUGGACUAAUUUCGCCAAAACUGGUGUUCCCACGACUGACGCCAAAUGGCCUAAACUUGUGAAUAAAGCCGAAGAAUACAAGAUAUCGAGGUUUAAGGACAUGAAUCCACAAGACUUCAGCAAAAUACUGGUCGACCCCUUUAAGAGGACUUGCGAUGAGUUUUGGGCUAAAUAUUUUGAAUGAACCUGUCAAUAAAAUAGAUAUA